AUGACGACAAACAGCGCUGAGUCGGUAAAUGCCCUCAUUCGAGAGGCUAGAAAGUUACCUAUCACUAAGACUGUCGAGUUCAUCUGCGACUUGCUACAAAGAUGGUUCCACGAAAGAAGGACCCACUGGUCCACCCAAAACACCUCUCAUUCAGACUAUGCAGAAGAGCGACUUGCACUUCAGUUUGAGAAGUCUCGUCGCUACACAGUCAAACCAGUUUACUGGUGCAUGUUUCAUGUUGAGGACGGUGGCUUGGAUGGGACGGUUGAUUUGAAUGCCCGUACAUGUACAUGCAUGGAGUUCCAGUACAUGGGCAUUCCAUGUUCGCACGCAAUUGUAGCAGUGAGGCACAAGAAUAUAAAUUGCCACACGUUGAUCGAUCCAUACUACAGUGUGGACUCCCUAAUUGGUACCUACGCCGAACCAAUCUUACCUGUAGGCCACAUGUCGGAAUGGAAAAGGCCAGCUGAUUACUAG